AGCAGACCUUUAAAUGCGACCGUGAUCUCAGAGACUGCGUAAAUCCUUUUCCUCUAAUCGCUUUAUCUGCUUUCAGAUCACGCAGUCAGCGGAGGGUGAACACGCACACACACACCCUGACGGAUUACACACGCUGCCAUCUUUAUCAUAACAAAAUGGAUAUACAUGUUAUUAUAGAGCAAAUGGAGACGGGAGAUCAGGACGCUGCGCUGUCUGCACUGCAACGCUUCAACAGAGAGAUGAGCCAGUGCUUCAUGUUCAACAGGGAAGAAGACCAAGACAGAAAGCACCUGGGGGAACUGGUGAUCGGACUCCUGGCCAGGGAGCUGCAGCCUUCCUGUUUGCUGGCGUGUCUAGAGACUAUCCGAAUCUUGUCCAGGGACAAAUAUUGUCUGGAUCCUUUCAUCUCCUGCUCAGCCAUGUCCAUUCUGUCCCGCUAUGCUGGCAUUGCCACAACUUGUCCAUCCUUACUGCCCCAAAGCGCAUGGGUGGAGGGUCAAGUAGAGGAUGAAGAGGGGGCAGAGAAGGAACCCUGCUCUGCUUUGGAGAACUCGGAUCAAGAAGUAAUUGUUGAGGCUCUGAAGUCAAUCUGUAACAUCUUGCUUCACAAUGAGACGGCUCAGGUUCGAGCGGCUGAGCUGCAGCUCAUUAAAGGUGUCGCUGAGAGGCUGAAGCAGUGUUACGAUCCCACCUGGGGCUACGAGGUGCAUUUUUUUGACCUGCGCCUCACCUUCCUGCUGACUGCGCUGAGGUUGGAUGUCAGAGCUCAGCUGGCUCAGGAGCUUCAUGGCAUCAGACUUCUCGGCAACCAGCUGGAUGCUACGUUGGGUCUGUGUUGGCCAGAAACCCUGGAGACAGCAAGGGCCGGGUUUGAAGGUACCCCCCCUGAAGAACUGCCCCCACUGAGCAGGGAGCAGACAGAACUAGCUGUGGAAAUUCUGAAAAUACUAUUUAACAUCACAUUUAACACAAACAAAUGCAAGGUUGGCGAGGAGGAGGCUGAGGAGUUCCGACAUCUGGGAGCCAUCCUGAGACACUGUCUGUUGAGUCAUUCAGAUGGAGAGGAGCGGACUGAGGAGCUCCACAGUCACACAGUGAAUUUGCUGGGGAACCUUCCUCUGCCUUGUCUGGAUGUGUUGUUGAUGCCCAGAGUGCAACAAGGCUCCACUGAGUACAUGGGGGUCAACAUGGAUGCCGUCAACAUGCUGUUGGAGUUUAUGGAGACAAGACUUGAUCGGAGACACAGACUGAAGGAGACACUUCUUCCCUCUCUCAACCUGCUGACUGAGAGUGCACGCAUCCAUCGAGAAACCAGAAAGUUUCUAAGAUCAAAAGUGCUGCCCCCCCUCCGGGAUGUAAAAAACAGACCAGAAGUGGGCAACACUCUGAGGAACAAGAUAGUGCGUCUUAUGACACACAUCGAUACAGAUGUUAAGAACUGUGCUGCUGAGCUCCUCUUUGUUCUCUGCAAAGAAAGUGUUCCCAGGUUCAUCAAGUACACAGGCUAUGGUAAUGCUGCAGGUCUGCUGGCUGCCAGGGGGCUGCUUACAGGGGGCAGAGACUCUGGGAUCUACUCUGAAGAUGAAGAAUCUGAGACAGAGGAAUACAAAGAGGCUAAGGCACAUAUAAACCCAAUCACAGGAGUGGUACAGGAUGAGCAGCCCGAUCCCAUGGAAGGAAUGACAGAGGAGCAGAAGGAGCACGAGGCCAUGAAGCUGAUCAACAUGUUCGACAAACUGUCAAGGACCAAUGUGAUCCAGCCCAUGCACUUUUGCACGGAUGGGAAGAUGAGAGAGAUGAGCAAAAAUAACCCGGAUACUUCAUCCCAUAAUUCCUUGUUCCAGUCAGAAGAGCCUGCUGAUCCAGACAGUGAGGAGGAAACCUAGUUUUUGCAGAUGCAUGACAAACUUUGGACACACCUGGAAAGUCAGCGACAGAUGUUUGUUUGGAGAACGACGAGUUAGUGGGAGGGAGCGUUUAAAUCAGUAACAGAGCACUUUCAACAUGAAUUCAACACCAUACGUUUCAUAUAACAACAACAACAACAACAACACUAACACAGUAUCAGUAAAAGGCAGAAAAAGCACUUUAGUUGAUAAAUUGUCACUUUAAAACCUUUGUUGUAGUGACUGUUGGUUGGGGACAUUAGAGAAGAAGCUCUGUGUUGCUAAAGAACAUGGAUAAAAAGCGUCUUCAUUUUUGAUGUAAAAUCAGAUUUGCUUUCGACAAAGGCAUCAAAUCUGAUUUAAUUUCAGAGAUAAAUAUUGCAGAUGGUUGAGUCACCAGACUGAGGGUUAGGUUGAAAACAGUAAGUUUGUGUUUCUUCACAUGUUUGUCAGAUAGCUGUUGUGUAAUAAAGCCAGUUUGAUCAA